UAUAUCUUCACCUAUCUAAUACAAUAUUCAAUAUUACAAAAUACUUUUAUUUUUACUUUGAGAAUUAUUAACCAAGUAACACACGUCAUCACAGAUAAUGACUUAUCCUAUUACAACAUGCCUACUCAACUACAAAACAUUCGCGUUGACAUCGCCAACUUAUCUACAGUAGCACGAGGUCCCACUAGCCCGCAGCACGAAAAGGAGGCUGCGCGCGCAAUAAGCAGGACCGACAGCUGGGAGCCGUCCUUAGGACGCAAGCAGAGUUACCACAGGGAGGACCGGAAGCACAUACUGCAGAUGAGCGGCGUACAGAAUGUCGAGGUGGGCCCGGGGUUCAGUGAGCGCAAGUAAAUUUGUCUAUAUAACCUAAUGCGCUACUACUUCAAACAAUUCACCACUCAUAACAUUUUACGGGUUGGGAAGAACAACAUGAUUGCUUUCGAUUAGCAGUUACUGCUGGAUUGAAUUGUUUGGCGGACGAUGGGGAAUAUACGGGUUAGUUUUAUGCGGGAGUUCCGGAUUUUAUAAGGGGCAAAAUGAUUCAGUAUGAUCAAUUGGACGGGGGGGGGAACGGGGAAACGGUACAGAGGGUUGAAAAACAAGAUUGAAAAGGCAGCAUGACCCCAACAUAUGUAUUGGGGCUUCCCCUACACGCCUAGGUUAGGUACUUCGGUAGACGAUUGUACCUAUUACAUAUCAAUUAUACCUAAUAUUUACCUAAUAUGUAUCUCUUCACUAACUUAGCAGAUGCAGUCUGCAUAGCUAAGCCGUGCCGUCUGAUGGUCUCUCAUUGGGCAGUAC